AACGGACCUGGGAGGGUGUGAGCUCUGAAAUCCAUUUUUUCUCUCUCUCUCUCUCUCCUCUCUCUAUUUUGGAAGUGAUUUUGUUUUGUUUUGUUUUUUGUUAUUGUGUUGUGUUCUUCUUGUUGAUUCCUUCUGACUCCGAGGCAGGGGAAGGAACAAUAACAGAGGAAUCUGAGUUCCUCUUCGGAACCAGGAUUCCUCGUUCAUGCUUAUUCGUGCACUUCUUCCCCUCCCUGUUCUAUCCAAAGAAGGGGACUAUGGAAUCGCCUCCAUGCGAUAUCUAAUACUGGCACUGUUGAACUAAGGACUCAUAAUGUUCAGCUGUGGAAUGCAAUUUUUUUUGAGUUGAAGGUGGUUGAAAAGCAAUUGAUUUUGAUGAAAAGUUUCUCUUUCACUAAAAGAUAUAAAAUGUAAAAAAGAAUCUGAAUUGAGGCUAAUAAUUUUAAGGGUCUUGUUGUCUUGUGUGGCAGGGUGGUUCUUUCUUCUCAAAGAGAUUAUAGCCGACUCUAGUGUGUUUUAACUUUGGCCAAUUUCAACAGAUUUUUAAAAGUGAAAACCGGUGAAUGUAGCUUAUAAAUCGAUUUUUACGGUUUUGAUUAUUUUUUUUAACUCUUCGAGAAUAAAAUUUUAUUGAAACCAGUAAGACUUUGGUGAGUGGGCACAAUUGUUGAAAAUUCAAUGUUGGGUGGAUUGGUAAAAAAAAUAGUUUACGCAAUGGGAGGGUGUGCCUCAAAACCAAACGGGAAGAGAAAUGUUCGUAAAAGAGAGAACAAAAAAUCCAGAAAACGGAAGGGAAAGGGAAGUGUUUCGACUUCAAUUCCUGAGAUGCAUUUGAAAAGGCUUAGCAAUGCUGGAAGUCUUGUGGGAGACUUUUCCCUAGGUGACUUCAUUCACUUGGAGUUUGAGAAGGGUGCUUCUGCCACGCGCCGAAAAUCCGAGGUUUCUAACGUGAAGUUUCAUCUCACCCAGCUCCAAUACCACAGUCAUAGUCAGAUUGAUGCAAAUGGAAAAAGCCAUGAGGAUGCCUGGUUUGACUCAGCUAGCAUUAUAGAGUCUGAUUCAGAUGAUGACUUCAUUAGUUUACCUGGAGGAAGUGUCCCAAAUAGUCAGUUACUCCAGUAUGAAAGUGCAUCAUGCUUUGUAGAUUCAGGGUGUAGAUAUGAGGGGUUUUAUGAAAGCUACAUGAAAGUAGAUGGAGGUAACUAUAAGAGUGGAGAGGUUACUUUUAUUGACACGAACCAUUCUCCAUCGAGUCCUCAACAAUCACAAAGAAAGCAACCGGGGGUUUUUAUGCUUUCAGUAAAAAGAAAAUCAAUUGAUGGAAACGAGAAGACUGAAUUAGGUGCAUCUGAAAGGUUUCUUUAUCGUCCUAAAGCUGGGCAUCAGAUUCUAAGUACAACUCAAGAGAAGCCAUGCCCUGGUUCUUGGUCUACAGUUUCACCUUCAGUGUUCAACCUCCGUGGAGAGAGUUUCUUCAGAGAUAAGAAAAAGUGUCCUGCUCCAGAUUAUAGCCCAUAUGUACCAAUAGGCGUUGAUUUAUUUGUCUGUCCCCGGAAGGUAAAUCACAUUGCUCGGCAUCUUGAACUUCCACUAGUCAAAGAACAUGAGAAAUUACCUUCCCUCCUUAUUGUAAAUAUACAGUUACCAACUUAUCCUGCUAGCAUAUUCCUUGGUGAUGCUGAUGGAGAAGGCAUGAGUCUUGUAUUAUAUUUUAAAUUGUCUGAGAAUUUUGACAAAGAUAUCAGUCCACAAUUUCUGCAGAGCAUCAAGAGAUUAGUGGAUGAUGAAAUGGAAAAGGUGCAAGGCUAUACAAAGGAAAGCUCGGUUCCCUUUAGAGAAAGGCUAAAAAUUUUGGCUGGGUUGGUUAAUCCAGAGGACCUUCAGCUAAAUUCUGCAGAGAGAAAGCUUAUACAUUCCUAUAAUGGCAAGCCAGUACUUUCACGCCCUCAACACAACUUCUUUAAGGGACCUAACUAUUUUGAGAUUGACUUGGAUAUACAUCGCUUUAGCUAUAUAUCGAGGAAGGCACUUGAUUCACUAAGAGACCGAACAAAUAAUGUAAUUCUUAAUGUGGGCUUAACCAUUCAGGCACAGAAGCAAGAGGAACUGCCAGAGCAAGUCUUGUGCUGCUUACGGUUGAAUAAAAUUGAUUUUGUUAACCGUGGUCAAAUUCCUACCAUUGUAGCUCUUGAUGAUGAUAAUUGAUUCAUGUAGGCAUCAGGUGUAAAAUAUAUGAGGGGAAAGAGAAUACGAGACUGAGGGUUAUUUUGUAAGAAUUGGUGCCAAAUCUUUCAAUUUAACAAAGGAGGAAAAAGGAGAGAAGCAAUUUUUAAGUAAUUAGUGUUUUUUCUUACAUGCAAGAUCGAUUUUUAUUUUUAGUGUUGUACUAAAGUCCUGAAUGUGUUCUUCGGAUUUACCAUUCUCUUGCUCCUUUGGUAUAUGUAGAUUCUAAGGUCAUGUUUCUGGACAUGGUCA